AUGGCAACGGGAGUCGACGAUGUGUUCUCUACCGACACCACCCAGCACUGGGAAAUGAAGCGAAAGGCUUCCUUCUCGAAACUGACAGGAGCGGUUCCGCGAACCAUCCCAGGGAUGUACAACGUUGUAGAGGAUCCGCAUGCAGACGACAAGAAAGAAAAACUAUGGAAACUUAUGGAAACAUAUUUGCCAUCCGACGUCCACUCCAUUCAAAGAAGCAUAGUGAACCAUGUGGAAUACACUCUGGCGAAAACCCGCUUCAACCUCGACCCGGAGUCGUGCUACCGUGCCGCUGCUUUCUCUGUUCGCGACCGUCUCAUUGAAACCCUUAACGACACAAAUGCCUUCUUCCAUGAGAAGGACGUCAAGAGGGCUUACUACCUUUCCCUGGAGUUCUUACUGGGCCGCGCCUUUCAAAACGCUCUGGUGAAUUUAGAUAUUGAGAAGAAUUACCGCACAGCUCUGGCGGACCUCGGAUUUAACCUGGAGCAGCUCUACGAAUUUGAACAUGAUCCUGCACUCGGCAAUGGUGGUUUGGGUCGUCUCGCUGCAUGCUUUUUGGAUUCGAUGGCUACGUUGAAUUUACCGUGUUGGGGUUACGGCAUUCGAUAUACAUACGGGAUAUUUGAGCAGAAGAUAGUUAACGGUCGCCAAGUUGAAUACCCUGACUAUUGGUUAACUUUAUCAAACCCUUGGGAAAUUGAGCGUUCAGACUGUACAUACGCUGUACGUAUAUACGGUAAUGUAACAGAGUAUAGAGAUCCUCAGACAGGGCGCAUGCGUAGUAAAUGGGUUGGAGGAGAGAUUGUUCAGGCAAUGGCUUAUGAUACCCCUAUACCAGGCUUUGAUACAUAUAAUACUAUUAAUUUAAGAUUAUGGAAAGCCUGCCCAAGUAAAGAGUUUGAUUUCCAUUUGUUUGAUGUUGGUCGUUAUCUUGAAUCGGUACGAGAAAGACAGAAUGCAGAAUCUAUUUCUGCUGUUUUAUAUCCUAAUGAUAAUACACAAGAAGGAAGGGAACUAAGAUUAAAACAACAGUAUUUCUUCUGUUGUGCAACAAUUCAAGAUGUCCUUAGACGCUUUAAAAGAGCUCCAGGCCGCGACUGGAAAGAACUGCCAGAGAAGAUUCAGUGUCAGUUAAACGAUACACACCCAACUAUUGCUAUUCCUGAGCUUAUGCGUAUUCUUCUAGAUGUUGAAGGCCUCGACUGGGAAACUGCCUGGGAUUUAACUCGAAAAUGCUUCAGCUACACCAACCACACCGUCUUGCCCGAAGCUCUCGAGAAAUGGUCCGCCGAUCUCAUCGCCAAGCUUCUACCCAGACAUUUGUUGAUCAUAAACGAAAUAAACUUCCGUUUCUUGAACGAAGCGCGUGAAAUUUUCGGAGAUGACUGGCAUAAGAUUGGGCGGAUGUCUAUAUAUGAAGAGGGCAAUGAAAAGAGAAUAAGGAUGGCGAAUCUAGCAGUAAUUGGAGGCACUCAUGUGAAUGGAGUUGCUGCAAUUCAUAGCGAGUUGGUGCGCACGAAGUUGUUCCCAGAAUUUGCAGAGUUUUACGCAAAAAAAGGUAUUCAAGAUAAAUUUCUUAAUGUAACGAACGGCGUUACUCCAAGACGGUGGAUAUAUUGUGCUAAUAGAGGGCUUGCAGAUCUUUUCAGCAAUUGGCUAGGCUCAGACUCUUGGUUAAAAGAGUUUGAUAUGAUCGCUGGGUUGAUGAAUCAUAUUGAAAAUGAUUCAUUUAGAGCCGAGUGGGCGGCAGUAAAGAAAGAAAACAAGAAAAGAUUAGCUCUCUGGGUAGAGCAAAGAUGCGGGGUUAAAUUGAAUGUUGAGACUAUGUUGUUUGAUAUUCAAGUUAAACGUAUUCAUGAAUAUAAGAGACAGCUUCUUAAUAUCAUGUAUAUCAUACAUAGAUACCUCUCUAUCAAACGCAUGCAGCCCGCAGACAGAGCUAACGUACAACCUAGAGCUUGUCUUAUUGGAGGUAAAGCAGCUCCUGGAUAUUAUACAGCAAAAACUAUCAUCAAGCUGGCUAACAAUGUCUCGCAAGUAGUUAAUAAUGAUCCGGAUGUUAGCGAAUACCUCAAGGUUGUAUUCCUACCAAACUACAACGUCUCGAACGCUCAAGUUAUAAUACCCGCUAGCGAUAUAUCUCAGCAUAUAUCCACUGCAGGAACUGAGGCUUCAGGAACAUCUAAUAUGAAGUUUGUUAUGAACGGCGGUUUAAUUGUCGGGACAUUGGACGGUGCAAACAUUGAAAUUAGAGAAGAAGGCGGUGAUGAUACGAUGUUUAUCUUCGGUGCUAAAGAGCAUGAAGUUGAUGCUAUCAGAGAAAGAGUAUGA